GGGCGCCUUUCUUGCCCCUGGUGAGAGCAUCGUAGCAAUGGUCUUCAAGUUUGUGGAGCCUCCGGAGAACAAUGAAAAACCAAUGGAUGAGAAGAACAAGGUUAAGUUCAAAAUCUUGAGUCUCAAGGUGAAGGGUCCAAUGGACUACAUAUCCGAGCUGUUCCAUGAUCUGAAGGAUCAAGUGGUAAUAGAGCAAAUAUUACAAGUCGUUUUUCUCGAUCCUCUGCGCCCAGGUCCGGCUCUAGAAAAACUGAACCACCAGUUAGCAGAAGCUGAUGUUGCUCUCGAGGCCGGCAGAAAGCCUCGAGAGGAUGCAGGUCCAAGGAUUAUUGGGGAAGGACUUGUCAUAGAUGAAUGGAAAGAGCGACGAGAAAGAUACCUUGCUCGACAACAGGUUGAAAAAGUAGACUCGGUUUAGACCGAAAACUGGUUUAUCAUGUCAUUGAAA